UUUCUUGCAAUUUGCAGAAAGAAACGCUAUAAAGCAUAAAGUGUAUAAUAAAUAUGAGUCAUUUGUAUAGAUUAAGCUAAUACAAGGGAUAGACAAAGAUAAUUUGUCUCACGCACUCGUUUGGAAAGAAAAAGAGGAAGGAAAGGAUGCAAAUCUCAUGGGGAGCAGCACGUCGCCAUAGCAACGGAACGCGCGGAAACCGGACUGAUGUUUCGCAUUCCGCCGUUCCGGGCAGCAGCUGCGACUGUCAGCUGUUCAAUAUGGAACGAUAGCAAAGUGCAGUCACUUGUAGGAGUCGGUCGACGUAGGAUACAGCCAGCCAUCACCAGCCGAACGUUGGUCUUCGUAUUAGCGCGCGUGAAGAGUGGGUGCGAGCGGGUGGAGACGGAGACGGGGUGAGAUAGACAGACGGAGAAAGAGUGUGAGGACCGUGCUGCGCCGCGAGAGCGGACCGUCAGAGUGAGAGAGCGUUCGUACGCGCGCCACUCGUCGAGAGUUUUUUUUAUGCGAGAUCUCACGCCAGAUCAACCUGGAUGUAUUAACGCAAGGGCUAAAAUACGGCAUAUCAGGACUAAUGAACCUCGCAACCAAUCAGACGUCCGACACGACGUCCGAGGCGCAGAACAAUGGUCCCUACUUCGUUAACUUCAAUCAGGACUGCACGUCCCUGGCAGUGGGAUCAAAGUCAGGAUAUAAACUUUAUUCAAUCAGUUCCACUGGCCAUCUUGAGAAAAUAUAUGAAAAUGAUGAUACAGACUUUGAGGAUAUAUGUAUUGUUGAGCGAUUGUUUAGCAGCAGUUUGGUGGCGAUUGUUAGUCUUAAAUCUCCUCGUACGCUCACGGUAUGCCACUUUAGGAAAGGAACAGAAAUAUGCAACUACAGUUACUCCAAUACGAUUUUGGCUGUGAAACUCAACAGAGCUAGAUUGGUCGUAUGUCUGGAAGAAUCGUUAUACAUUCAUAAUAUACGAGAUAUGAGAGUGUUGCAUACAAUUCGCGACACUCCACCUAAUCUAACAGGCCUUUGUACACUAUCACCAAAUAGUGACAAUUGUUAUUUAGCUUAUCCAGGGUCGAACACUAUUGGAGAAGUCCAAAUAUUUGAUGCGAUCCAUCUUCAAGCCAAAACAAUGAUACCUGCACACGAUAGUCCAUUGGCAGCAAUCGCUUUCAGCUCGACUGGCACCAAAGUGGCAACAGCUUCCGAAAAAGGCACUGUGAUUAGAGUCUUUGAUGUCCACGAGGGUACAAAGUUAUUCGAAUUUCGGCGCGGAGUUAAGAGAUGCGUCACGAUAAGCAGUCUUUCAUUUAGUAUGGAUUCUAUGUGGCUCUGUUGCUCUAGUAAUACAGAAACUGUGCAUAUAUUCAAAUUGGAGGAACCAAAGGAAACGCCAAACAAGCAAACUGCAGACGAAGCCCAAGGCUGGAUGGGAUACUUGACGAAGGCUGUGACAGCGUCGGCUACAUACUUGCCGUCGCAAGUGACUGAUGUUUUUACCCAAGGACGUGCUAUCGCCUGCGUUCAUCUACCGUUUCAAGGAUUAAAAAAUGUCUGUGCCAUCACUGUAACACAUAAAGUACCAAAACUAUUAGUAGCUAGUGCCGAUGGUUAUUUGUAUGUCUACUCCAUGGAUUUAACGGACAGUAAUAGUUGCACUCUUAUAAAACAGCAUAGAUUAGAUGAUAAAGAGCGAGAUGAGUCGGAUGGCGGUUCUGGUUCCGGAGCGACGGCUACCGCAAAUAGUACAAAUGCAGCCUGCAUAAAUAGCUACGCGGGUGUGUUGCGUGGCCGCUCGCCAGACUCCAUGUCAGGUACUGAGUCAGAGAAGUAUCAAGAGAUGAUAGCGGCGACGGAAAGCCCACCGAAGGGCGGCGGCCCGUUCCGUCUGGACGACGAUACCGAAUUUCCACCUGUCACGCAAAGGACAGACUGAGCGUAACGCAUACAAUUAAGGCAUAUCAAAAGCUCAAGACAAACAGAGGAGAUAAGAAAGUCGUGCAAAAGCAACGAUCGUGACAAGCGAAGGGAGGCAUAGAGUGCAGAGGACGUCCAGUAUUUCAGACGGCCGUAUAUCUAGUACUCCGAGUUCAGUAGAACCCAAAAAAGAAAGGAAAAAAAAAAAAACACUCCGUAGGCGAUAUUACCGAGAAUGUUACAUAUCUAGUACACACUAAAGAUCUAGAUAAAUUGUACGUUAGUCGUUCUAUAAGAAGUGGUCACUGAAUCGGUUUUAUAUAUAUAUAUAUAUAUAUAUAAAAUAUAGUCGGAAAAAUCAAUGCGCACCACAGAAGAAGGAAAAGUACUUCUGAGUAACACUCUCGGUCAUAUUACCGAGCUAUCGGAUUAAACAGAAAUUUCUUUCAUCAUUUGUUAGCGCGACGUUGCAUUCGUGGAUGCAACAUCGAGCGAAGAAUAUAGUAAUCCAAUGAUAACGAUUUUGAAGUGUUUGUCGUAGAAAUUACACGACGAGAAAUCUUUUACGAAAUUUACACGAGGCGUUACUUGUAUCAGCAAAGCUAUUUUUACAAUUAGACGUAUCUAUACAAAAAAAAAAGUGUUUUUAUCAUAGCCUAAGAAGCUCAAGAUAGCAUAUUCUAAUUUCGAAAUCCGACUUUUAUGCGAGAUUCAGCGAUAAAUAAUUGUGAAAUCACGGACCAGCGUAAUUAAAUCUGCUUUUUUUUGAAUAAAUAUCAUAUCUGUCUCCAUUCGAAACGAAUCAGAAAAAUGAUAACUACGGAUAGUAUAUUUGAAUUUUAUUAAACAAUAAUUUAAGAUAGUUUUAGGCAAAAGUUUGGAAAAUCUGAGAAUGUUAUACUGAAAUAAUUGCCACGCUGUAAACGAAUAUGCUCCUUUUAGAGACUUGACGCGUUUUUCUUUCUUUUCCUUUUUUUUUAUAAUUCUAUAAUAACGGCUAAGCCGACAUUUGAAUGUUGACAUAUCCAUAUUCUGAUGAGGAAUGUAUUAUUAAUAAAUUUUCCACCAUUGUCAAGUAAAACCUACAUUAUGUUCAACAUGUUUAUGUAAAUUAUGCCUAAAAAAUAAUAUAAAUAAAAUUGAAUUUCUAUUUUUUGCCCUGUCACAUGAAAAUUUAGAGCGUAUGCUUGAAAUAUAGCUUGCGUCGAUUGUUCAUUGGAUUGCUAUAUUUUUUGAAUCUUUGUCUUCUGUGUUCAACAAAGAAAGCUCAUCUUUUUUGUCCGGCCAAAGAUGUAAGGGCAUAUAUAUAUAUAUAUAUGUGUGGAAAAUUGCCGAACGAUGAGCUUCGAUUGUAAUUCUUGUAUAAAAUGUAAGAUCUCGCAAACAUAUGUUAGCUUCUUGUGAAAAAAGACGCAAAUAUGAUCAGAUCGUAUUUCGCCAAAAACAUUUUUUAAACGAUACAUUACUUUGGCAUUUAGAGUUGAAAAGUACUCUUUGUACUGGCAUUCGAAAGUACUUUUUAAAGACACGUUACUUUGACAGAGAUUCUAGAGUUUGAAAGGCUUUUACGUGAUAACUAUGAGACAAUGAAGUAAUGACAACUGAUAACGCGAACAUACAAAGUAUUUUAAAAGCGUGAGAAAAGAAUUCAUUCCACUUCCUUUAAAAUGCGAAAUAAUUCUAGAACGCAUCAUCUCACGUCAGCGGAAUAACUUUCUAAGCUACAUAUUGAAUUUUGAUUCUGUAAAAAGUUUACAUCUUAUUAUCCGACGUCACACACUAUGUUGUGUCUUAUGUUUUAUCUCAGGCGAAUAUUACAUUAUAAUCGUAUCAAAUGUGCAAUAAGUCUCUUCGAGUGCUUCGCAUCGAUUAUUAAAAAUUGUCAUGACAUGUCAUUUGUAUAAAUAGCUAACCAGCGAUAGGGACAGAGAAAUCUUUGAUAUAUUCGUGUUUUCGUUAUUACCGAGACUCCGAGCUUGAUUGUGAAUAAAAAAAUUUCUCCACUGAUCGGUGCCAAUUUACCCGAAUGUAAGAUGACACUGGCGCUGGCGAAGACGUUUUAUCGUUAUAUGAUUAAGUGAAGCACAGCUGCGUUUGUUUCAUAAUUCUCCGUAGCGUAAUUGUGUAAUUUAAUGGAUCUUAUAGUAUCUCCAAUUACAAUAGAAAAUUUCUUUCGUGUGAACUGAAGUGUUCGGCGCGAUCGUGAGUAUGUCAGUAUCGUAGAUCCAUGAUGUGUCAUGUCGUUACGGCGGUUUUAUACUAACGAGUUUUAUUUGGUAAAUAGUCUUACUUUUAUAAAGAUAAAUAAGAGCGUUAAUAACCAAUGUACAUAUAUGAACGUGCUAAGGCUUAAGCUUUGAACGUCAUUGCAUAUGAAGUUUCUUAUUAAUACACGUGAUUGUGCUGGUCUGUAAAUGGAUAAAAAACUGUGAGUCUCUCUUUA